GGUCCUCAUCCUUAAUAGGCAGUUAAGAACCUCUGCCUCCAACAGCCGCUCAGCCAGUAUUAUCAGAUGCCUGAGGCGCCAGGUACCGUUCUGACUCCCGGGAGAUGCGGUGGUGAGCUAGACAUUGCUGGUCCUUGCCCUCGAAGUUGGUGGGUGGAGCUAGACAAACAGGAACGUUUCAGAUUGUGAUAAAGGAAAUAGAGGGUUACUAAGUGGCUGUGCGCUGUUCCUUUAGAAGGUGAUGUUUGAGUUGAAAUUCAAAAAAUGAAAAAGAGUAAGUGAUGUGGAAACCAGUUCAGGCAUAGGAAAGAGUAAGUUCAAAGGCCCUGUGGCAGGAAAGAAGUCAGAGCAUUCUAGGAACAGAAAGUGCCCCUUGUGGCUGCAGAGCAUUGAAGGAGAGGAGUGGCACAGGAUGGGGUGCACAGGGGACAGAUAGCACAGGGUUUCGAAGACCACAGUUAGACUGCUGUGUAACAAAUGGAUAUAGGGCCAAGACUGAAAGCGUGGAAACCAAGAAGCAACCGUGAAAUGGUGGUGUGUAUACACCAUUCCACAGAUUUUGAAGUACACCGAAACUGGCUUGCUAUCACUCACAGUUUGCCAAUAUCACAGUGGUAUUAUGAGGCAACUUCAGAGUGGACGUUGGAUUACCCCCCUUUCUUUGCAUGGUUUGAGUAUAUCCUGUCACAUGUCGCCAAAUAUUUUGAUCAAGAAAUGCUGAAUGUCCAUAAUUUGAAUUACUCCAGCUCAAGGACCUUACUUUUCCAGAGAUUUUCCGUCAUCUUUAUGGAUGUACUCUUUGUGUAUGCUGUCCGUGAGUGCUGUAAAUGCAUUGAUGGAAAAAAAGUGGGUAAGGAACUUACAGAAAAGCCAAAAUUUAUUCUAUCGGUAUUACUUCUGUGGAACUUCGGGUUAUUAAUUGUGGACCAUAUUCAUUUUCAGUACAAUGGCUUUUUAUUUGGAUUAAUGCUACUCUCCAUUGCACGAUUAUUUCAGAAAAGGCAUAUGGAAGGAGCAUUUCUCUUUGCUGUUCUCCUACAUUUCAAGCAUAUCUACCUCUAUGUAGCACCAGCUUAUGGUGUAUAUCUGCUGCGAUCCUACUGUUUCACUGCAAAUAAACCAGAUGGGUCUAUUCGAUGGAAGAGUUUCAGCUUUGUUCGUGUUAUUUCCCUGGGACUGGUUGUUUUCCUAGUUUCUGCUCUUUCAUUGGGUCCUUUCCUGGCCUUGAAUCAGCUGCCUCAAGUCUUUUCCCGACUCUUUCCUUUCAAGAGGGGCCUCUGUCAUGCAUAUUGGGCUCCAAACUUCUGGGCUUUGUACAAUGCUUUGGACAAAGUGCUGUCUGUCAUCGGUUUGAAAUUGAAAUUUCUUGAUCCCAACAAUAUUCCCAAGGCCUCAAUGACAAGUGGUUUGGUUCAGCAGUUCCAACACACAGUCCUUCCCUCAGUGACUCCCUUGGCAACCCUCAUCUGCACACUGAUUGCCAUAUUGCCCUCUAUUUUCUGUCUUUGGUUUAAACCCCAAGGGCCCAGAGGCUUUCUCCGAUGUCUAACUCUUUGUGCCUUGAGCUCCUUUAUGUUUGGGUGGCAUGUUCAUGAAAAAGCCAUACUUCUAGCAAUUCUCCCAAUGAGCCUUUUGUCUGUGGGAAAAGCAGGAGACGCUUCGAUUUUUCUGAUUCUGACCACAACAGGACAUUAUUCCCUCUUUCCUCUGCUCUUCACUGCACCAGAACUUCCCAUUAAAAUCUUACUCAUGUUACUAUUCACCAUAUAUAGUAUUUCGUCACUGAAGACUUUAUUCAGAAAAGAAAAACCUCUUUUUAGUUGGAUGGAAACUUUCUACCUGCUUGGCCUGGGGCCUCUGGAAGUCUGCUGUGAAUUUGUAUUCCCUUUCACCUCCUGGAAGGUGAAGUACCCAUUCAUCCCUUUGUUACUAACCUCAGUGUAUUGUGCAGUAGGCAUCACAUAUGCUUGGUUCAAACUGUAUGUUUCAGUAUUGAUUGACUCUGCUAUUGGCAAGACAAAGAAACAAUGAAUAAAGGAACUGCUUACA